AUGAACAACUCAUUCCACUCGUUUCCGCGUCUACCUCUAGAAUUACGCCGUAUCAUCUGGAAGCUGUGUCUCCCGUGUCGUAUCGCGGAAGAAGACGCUGUAGUAUUCGAUCUCAACGGUCGAGAAUCGCGUCAAGCCUGCUACAGCAUCCGUACAACACGUUUGAAUGCUCAACCGCCAGUUAUCGCAUUUGUCAAUAGCGAGUCGCGGCAAGUCGCGCUGGAAGAGGGACACAUGUUGGUGGAAACAACCACAGAGUUUAGCAUGAGAUCCCUAUGGGUGCAGCCGCAUCGGGAUGUGCUGCACCUCAACUGGAACCGACUGUACUACGCCUGCGCGAUGGCUUACGAUCCUACCUCUCCGAUGGAAUCGUUCCUGUGGAAGGCGGAGGAGCUAGGGAUGCAGUGCUCUAUGAUAGCAGAGAUCAUUCACUCUUUUAGUCUGAAGGCGCUGUUGGACGACCCCAAUAGUUCUAACGCGAGCGACCCCCCCAAGAAUUUGCCGGGCGAGGAAUGGCACAUUUUGGAGCGGGAAAAGUACCCUGAGAUUGCCGAGCUUGCGCUUUCCACAAUGAACCGGUGUUAUCUGCCCAUCCCAGCGGUCCUCAAUAUCACCAUGGCAGCGGUCUCUUUACAUAUUCCUAAGGAAGCGGCUCUAAAGUCGGGCUUGUUCGGGCUAUUGGGAGAUGCCCCUAUUCAGGUGGUUGACGUUGGUGACCGGGUUGCAUUGUGGGAAUUUCAAACAUUAUUCAGACAAUACGCGUUGGGCAAGGAACCGGCCGUACAGACGCUAUUUGACUUAUUUGCAAGUUCUCGCUUUGAAACCGCCGUGAAAACUUGGGUAAGACAGGCAGAAUGGUGCAUCAUUCAGGGAAGGUGGCAUUAUCAAAAGAGCCGAGACCUAGGCUCGACCUGGAUCCCUUACCUGCCAGACAUAAAAUAUUUUUCAAUGUCUGAAUAUUUGCCUAAUGAGAAUCAUCCUUGGGUCAAAGAAGCUAGGCAGGAUAUGCCCAAGCUACGACCGCGCAUCAUGGUACGAUAUUGCUCCAACGAGUGUUAUAUCAAGGAGCGGCUUCCCGAACACUUUUGGAAGUAUUAA